AUGGAAAAAAUGUUUACGGAAGGUGCAAUUCGUGUAAUGAUGUGUACAGCAACGCUCGCUUGGGGAGUUAAUUUACCUGCUUAUGCAGUUAUUAUACGAGGAACAGAAAUAUUCGACCCGCAAAAGGGUAUUUUUACUGACAUUGGUAUUUUGGAUGUACAACAAAUUUUUGGAAGAGCGGGACGACCACAAUAUGAGGAUAUGGGUCAUGGUGUUAUUAUUACAAAUGUUCAAAAAUUGGCUCAUUAUAUUGAAAUGUUUCAUCGACAAACACCAAUAGAAUCACAAUUUCAAUCUCGUAUUCUAAACAAUUUAAAUGCUGAAAUAGCUUCUGGUGCAAUUUCAAAUAUUUCUGAAGCUAUUGAAUGGAUUCAUUUUACUUAUUUUUAUAUUCGUUUACGGAAAAAUCCGUUACAGUAUGGAGUUGAUUGGAAAGAAUUGAGAAAAGAUUCCCAAUUAAAUGCCUAUUUAUCCGAUUUUUGUCAUAGUGCUGCAAGACGUUUGGAUGCAAAUAGAAUGAUACGUUAUGAUCCAAUUAAUAAUUUUGUUUCUGCAACUGAUUUGGGAAGAAUAGCAUCGAAUUAUUAUAUUGGAUUUGAAACAAUUGAAUUAAUAAAUGAUCAUAACGGCCCAAUAAGUUUAACAGAAAUGAUGACAGAUGAAAUGAUUAUUGCAUUAAUUUCUUCUUGUUCAGAAUUUGCACAAAUAAAAAAUCGUGAUUCAGAAAUGACUGAAUUAGAUGAAUUAGCUUCAUUUGGAGCAAAUUUAAAAAUACGUAGUGGAUUAGCAACAACUGCAGGGAAAGUUAAUUGUCUUCUUCAGAGUUAUAUUUCUCGUGCUUUUGUCAAAGAUUUUGCUCUUUCAUCAGAACUUUAUUAUAUUUCACAAAAUGCUGGAAGAAUCGCUCGGGCAAUUUUUGAAAUUGCUUUAAGACGUGGUUGGGCACAAACAACAGAAGCUUGUUUAACUAUGGCUAAAUGUAUUGAACAAAGAUUGUGGCCUUUUAAUUCUCCAUUAAGGUUUUUAUUUGGCUUUACCCAAAAGGUCAACUGA